UCAGGGCUUGUGGUUUCCCUGCUUUCUUCCAAGAUCAUGAGUUUGUUAUCGGCGAUGAUGAUGAAAAUGGUGAUGAUAUGGUGUGUUGGAUUGGGUGGCGAUAGAGUAGCAUUGUUUCAUGCGCCGGCGCGGCACUUCUCGUGCGAAACAUCUCACUCAGCACCCUCCUUCCCAGACAACUUUGCCUCUCAGUCAGCUCGAGAUUCUAGAAAAUGCAUCAUCCACCCAUCGUCUGGUCUUAUCAUGUCAUGUCUGUCAAUCAAAUCGUGAACACAGUUAUGAUUUCGCUUCUUCACACGAUACAGUAAGAAGUCCACGGCAUCAAAUGGGGUUGUGAAUAAAUAGACUUGGCGGUGUCAAGCUGCUGGGGAGCUGGAGUGGGAUUUCUGGGAUCAGUGGCGGGUGUUUCAGGUAG